CAUUAUCUUCCGAGAAUUGUUUUUAUUUGAUGCUCACAUAGUCUAGCCGUUGGUGAGCCGUAGAAAUUAUUUUCGACUUUCUGUGAUCAUGUGGGUGUUGAAAUUGUUUUAGAUGUGACAAUUAUGUUCUGUGUAAUGUUCUUUCACUUUUUAAGUUAGUAAUUGUGCCAAAGUAUUUUACGACGCAAAACUUAAUACAUUUAUAAAGAAACGGAUGUACAAUUCUGCACAUAUGCCCCUUGACGAGGCGAAGUUGUUGAUCCUUAUAAAAGAACUGAUGAGAAUCAAUGCUUGCCAGUUGAAUUUUCAAGACAUAAUAGACCAAGUUUUCGAAAACCCUUUUAACAUACAGCAGCUGAGCGUCUCGCUCGAUGAAGCCGCUUCUCAGCUUGCUAAGAGGAGCAGGAACAGGCGCCGAUUCCUCAAAAUAGUCCAAUCCCUCAAAAGGAGAAACGUGUCUUACGUCUUGUUUCAAUUCCUCAAGAUGUUGAUGUUACUUUUGCCCGAAGACGAAACGUCGAAAGCUGGCUCCAGCUCUGAAUGUUAUAUCAUGAAUCAGAUAGCGUCUUCCAGCACGGACAGCUCUCCGUUCAGCACACUCGGAGCGAUAGGGAAUCGGUCGUUAUCUGCCAACUGGGACUUUGCAGACAACUAUAUUUUAAUAGACCGGCUAGCGUACGAGUCGCCGGCCGCUCAAGAGAAACAGUUGAUCGAAGACCUGCUGAAUGCCUUCUUCGGCUGCAGCGGAGUUUAUAUCAAGCCGAAUCCCCUUGAAAACCGCAAAAGCGUGAGGACUUUUCGAAUCAGCGACAACCUCUGCCCUUCGUUAAAAGCGAUCGCUGAAAAACUGCUGCCACUCGCGUCAUAUUAUUCCAAGAUAAUCAGGUUCGUACAGGACAACCAGGAACUGCACUGCGGUAGGGUGAAUCAAGCUUUGGCCGAUCAUUUAAACGAGUACCUCCUACGCUUUUCCCAACUGGUCCUCCAGUUAGAGGAUAGUUUUUUUGAAGGGAGCUUAAGACUGACCCAUCUGUGGCUGACUUUGACAGAAAGUAUCGAUAUUCUGAAAGUUUUGAACAACAUCGUUUCCUGGGUCGACGAGUCCAGAGGCGGUGAAACGCUGUCCGCCCUCCACGAAGGUGUUCGGAAAUCCAUGGCAGAUCCAAACGCUCAGAACAUAAGCUGCUCGGCCACAGUGGCUGCUUCUCGUCCAUUUCUUGAAUCGCUUACGACUUGGAUAAAAAAAGGAAUCAUUUUCGACCCGUACCAUGAGUUCAUGAUUGUGAGAGACCAACGCGCCAGGUAUUCCAACGAUUGGGACAACGUUUUCAAAUGCGACCUCGAGUGUACACCGUCGUUUUUGCUGACCGUUCACAACAGCAUCCUCAUCGCUGGUAAAUACCGAGAUGCUAUAAGAAAAUGCGAAUUUGAUAAAAAUCAACCGGAGUCCAUUCUCGAAAACAUGGCCUACGACUUUUUGAACCCUAAAUAUUUAGAAAUCAUCGAACAGUCUUGUGUCUCGGCUAGAAAGUGUUUCAUGAAUCUUCUCAUCAACGAUUACAAAAUACUUACAAGACUCAGAACGGCCAAAGCCCUUUACACGUUGGAAUUCGGAGAUUUGUUUUACAACAUAAUCGAAAAUUGCCUAGAGGAACUUAACAGGCCUUACAAAGAAAUAAGCACCGCCUACUUGCCAGCUCUCACUUUCAACAGCAUCGAAACAUCCUCGGUCCGGGGGCUGCCGUUUUCCGACCAAGCGAUAUUGUAUCUAGAGAAACGGUCGAUACUGUGCCGGAUGAACAGUUUCUGCAAGGCCAAAAGCGACAACAGCACUUCCGAAGAUGGGCUUUCCGGUCUGGACGCGAUCACGCUCAAAAUGAAAAACGACUGGCCCGUCAACGCGAUCCUCCACGACUCGUCGAUAAAAAGCUACCAAUUGCUGUUCCGGCAUUUGUUUAAAAUCCACUACAUCUAUACCAAUUUGUCCAAAGUCCAUUUGAAAGCUUACGAACUCACAAAGCACCAAUGUUAUCUCAAACACUCCAUGUUGGUCUUCGUCUCGAACUGCCUUUCUUACAUGACGCAAGAGACGAUAGAAGUCUACUGGACCAACUUUUGCAACGCUUUCAACCAGUUUAACUACGUCGAAGAGAUCAGGUCCGCUCACGACAACUACCAGUAUCUGUGCAUGGGAAGCUGUCUACUCACCUCGGCGGACCACUACUCAAAGCUGUCUCGUAUUUUGGACGUCUGCACGGCGUUCACUGAAGACUGUUCCGUCGAACACGAGGCGGAAUUUAUCGAGGCUUUGGACGACCUGGUCACAGCCCUUUGCAGAGAGACGAAUCCGAUUCUGCAGAAUUUCGCCUCCCUCCUUUCUCCGAUAUUUUACCACUAUGAUCCAGCUUUCAAUCCGAACUGCGAGGGACCCGAAACGACCAACACUUUGGAAGAGCGUUGAACUACACUAAACCUCAACAAUUUGUUUCUAGAAAUUUUUAAAAAUUGGCUACCUAAAAAUAGGCUAAAUAAACGCUCCAACGUGUUAACCUACCCUCUAACUAGAGGGCCAAACUAAAUAAACAUUUUUCCAAUUUAAAGAAAUCACAUGCUUUUGCUUCUUUUUGUUUCAAAAUACUUCUACAACCGAUUUGUUCACGAUUUAUCAAUAUUUCUGACAAAAAAAAGCAUAUGUUUAUCGAACAAAGUAGUUUACUAAAAGGCUAUUGCAAGACAAUUAUUUAUAAAUGAAAUUCUGUUAAAUGUGUAGCUUAAUUAUAUCUUCCCUGUCUGCCUAACAGACAAAACUAGCAAAAAAAGGACCAGGUGUACAAAGAUGUUCUCAUCACCUUGCUAAACUCACCACAAUGCUUAACAAAGUUGGCUCAAAUGAUUAAAUAUUUUGCCAUACAAAAAUAUUAUUGAAGGUUGUUA